AUGGUAAUUCUUAUUGUCACUUUGGCCCUUUUCGGGGCAGUGGCCACUGCUCAAAAUGCUCCUUGUACGGAAAGUUGCUGGCAGAACUGUCCUGUGGAUACACGUUGCCCAGCGACGAAUGGAGCGAAGGUUACUCUUCUGCCACAUCUGACAAAUUGUAAUAAGUUCAUAAAAUGUGAAUCUGGUCAUGGUUGCGAGCACGAUUGCCCAAGUGGACUGCAUUUUAAUAAUGUUGAAAAAACCUGCGAUUGGCCGAACCGAGCAUGCUGUGACUCCUCGAUUAUAUGCGGUCCAGAUGAUCCAGUAGACAGAGGAUGCAUUACUCAUCCCAGUUGUCCGUUAGUGAAUCCGAUUAAACCCAUUAUUCUGCCACAUUCAGUUUGUUCCAAGUUUUACAAGUGUGACAGAGGAGAAGCAUGCGAAUAUACUUGUCCGGACGGUUUACAUUUCAACAAACGAGAUAGCGCUUGCGAUUGGCCUUGGCGAGCAUGUUGCGAUCCUAACGUCGAGUGUUACGUCCCUUGUGAGGAUCAAACAUGCGCACCAGGACCUGCACCAACACCGGCACCCACUCCAGCACCUACCCCAGCACCGACACCAGCGCCAACACCAGCUCCCACACCAGCGCCCACACCAGCACCAACACCAGCGCCUACACCUGCGCCAACACCAGCACCCACUCCAGCACCAGUGCCCUCUGAUCCACCAGAGUGCAACACAUGCCCGCAGAACUGCGAGCCGAACCCACUAUGUCCUGCGAGAAACCCUAUUCAGCCCAUCCUGUUACCACACGUUAGAUGCGAAAAGUUCUACAAGUGUGAAUCUGGCCGGGCUUGCGAAGUGACAUGUCCAGACGGUUUGCAUUUCAAUGCCCAGAAGUCAGUUUGUGACUGGCCAUGGCACGCUUGUUGCGAUCCAUCGAUCGAUUGUGUGAUACCAUGCAUUCCUGGUGUUACCUGCGCACCGACGCUGGGAUAG